CGGGAUAAGUUGGUUGUGUUGGGCUUGGCAGGGCUUUCUCUUGGCUUUCGUGAGUCUCGGAAUAUGGAAUGUGUUGUUCGUGUAUGAAGAAAAUAAGUGCAGCAUGACCUACAUGUUCGAGUACCCAGAAUAUCUUAAAAUAAAGCUUCCAAAGAAACUUUCCAAUCACUACCCAAGUUAUGGUCUCUAUCUUUAUGAGGAAAGAGAUUCUGCUGAAGCACGUAAUGGUCUGAAACCUACAGGAAUCCCUGUUCUGUUUCUUCCUGGAAAUGCUGGGAGUUACAAACAAGUUCGUUCCCUGGGCUCUGUUGCACUAAGGAAAGCAGAGAAUAUACAUAACAAGUUCCACUUUGAUUUUUAUAGCAUUGAUUUUAAUGAGGAGCUUGUGGCACUUUAUGGUGGAAGCCUUGAAAAACAAACUAAGUUUGUACAUGCAUGUAUAAGGGUUAUCCUCAAACUUUACAAGGAUCAAAAAGGUGCACCCAGCAGUGUUGCAAUUGUGGGCCAUUCAAUGGGUGGCAUCGUUGCUAGAGCACUAUUCACUUUACCCAACUUUAAAUCUACACUAAUAAGUCUUAUUAUAACUCAAGCUACACCUCAUGUUGCACCAGUCCUAUUACUGGACAGCUACCACAUAGACUUCUACAGCACUGUGAACAAUCACUGGAUUCUCAAUGAAAAAGAAUUGAGAAACAUCACCAUCCUCUCAAUUGGAGGCGGUUUCCGAGAUUAUCAAGUCCGCUCUGGUCUGACCAUUGUGCCAAGCCUAGGCCUUUACAACAAUACUCUAAAUGUUGUGACAUCAGCUGUCCCAAGAGCAUGGCUCUCAACCGAUCACCUUUGCAUAGUCUGGUGUAAAGAGCUGGUACUAGCCACUGUUAGAGCCUUUUUUGAUCUUGUUGACCAUCAUACUAAUCAGAUAACAAUGGAUCUAAAGAGGAGAAUGUCAGUCCUUCAUCAUCAUUUUGUCAGCUAUUCAGAAAAGGAUUUUGAAGAUAAUCCUGAGUCUUCUGUCUCAUUCUCAGGUUCAAUUGCAACGUGGAGUGAAAUUAAAACAUACAAAUGGACUUACAACUGUCCGGAGUUUUCAGCACAGUCACCCAAAGCUUCAUAUUUUAUUUUACCACUUCCAAGUGAGGAGGAACGUUUCAGUAAUUUAUAUUGUCGAACCACCAAUCUGGAAUCCAGUAACUGGAUCUAUGGCUGUACUGUGAUUAACCAAUCAGUUUGCCAGGAAAGUAUUGACCUUACUGGGGAGGCAGAAUUGCUGAAAAUGUACAAGAUAGUGAACUUCAGUCUGCAAAAGUACCGUUCUUUCUCUCAUUUUAUCAUUCAUGUGUCUAAGGCUAAUGUUAAUAAACAGUUCAGUAUGGAAUGUGAAUACCUAACAGCGAGAUCUAGAAUAGUGUCCACCCCAGUGACACAUGUUCUGUCAUUUGGUGCCUCUGUUCACAGAGUUCUAAUAAACUCCUCAGGUCUGAUACAUAAUGUUCAGCUUCAGGACUUUAAUCAGAUAUAUCAGGCUUUUGAAAUCCACGUUGAAAGCCAAUGCCAGUCUUUGCAUGGGGAGGCAGCAGAUGUGUACAGGUUUCAUGUACCAUGGUCCCAUGAAGAUUCUGUUGUGACAACAAGUGUACCGUCUUCCACUGUGAUCUAUGCCAAACUGCACAGAGCAAGGCCUGAGAAUGAUAGCUCUGUACCAGAGUUACAACUUCACACAGCUAGAAAUUGUCAAUAUGAGAUAACUAUCAGGACAUCUUUCUAUGAAGUACUUGGGCAGCUGAUCAGAUUUCAUGGUGUAUACUUGCCCACAUAUGUUGUUGCAAACAUAUUAUUAGCGUUUGGAAGUCAAUUAAUCCAUCUUUAUUCUGAAGGUCACUGUUUGGAUUUCAGCAUUGCUUUAAAUGCAGCAGCAAAACCAUACAAAGUUAUUCCAUUUGUCAAUCUUGCUGUGUUCUUUUUAAGAUAUGGCUGGUUUGAGGAUAUAUGGUCUAUUCUUAUGUUGCCUAAAAUUGACUUUCUUAUUUUAAAUGAACAAGGAAUCUCCAAUCCAACAGUUUCUAUUCUCCUUUUCAUAUUUGGGACAGCAAUUGCCCACUGGAGUGACAUAUUCUUUGGUUUAUUACUUAAGCAGCUCUCCUUCUUGUGGUCAAUCUUUCACAGGCCAUCAAUUGUUAAGAAAGAAUAUGAGCUAAUAAAUCUUCAAAGUUCCUGUAUUAUGAUUUUCCUCCUCUUUGUCAUCUGGACAACCUGUGGUGCAGUUGCUCUCAUAUUUGGUUACCUUCUCUAUCUUUUAAAGGUCCUCAGCCUGCAAGUUGCAGUGCAAACAAUGAAAGGCAUUCUUAAUUUGGCACCACAACAGGAAAUGGUGGAGAAAGUUGCAAUGGCUUCCACAGCAAAGGAAGAGGAAGACAGACCUGGAGAGGCUGACCAUCUCCCAGAAGGACGAGAUUGGCCGAACCUAGAUAGUCAUAAACUGCUCUCGGUUUCAGAUGUUGAUGAUGCAGUGGACACUCUUAAGAUUUACGUUACAGUCUUACAUUUGCUGAACUGGAUUAUACUAUUUAGUGCACCUUCAUUUAUUUAUUGGUUAAAAAAUCUCAGAUAUGCCAGAAGGCUUGAUCCUGACCCUUGUGAUAUUGUUGCUUCUGUCCUUGUGUUGACGAUGGGGAUUCUCAUUAAUUCACGUUCAGCGUUUGUUAAGAGGAGUAAGCUACUGAAAUAUACAGCAAGACUGCAGCCCCUCUUGGUCAUUGCCAUGGCAGCCUUCGGACUAGUGCACUUGUACAGGGUUCCUUACUUUGCUACAUUUUCAUUGGCUUUAUAUGCACUUUGUUGUCUGAUAUAAAUAACUGCAACAUAAUGAAUUACCAGUUUGAUUCAUUGUACGUGCAACACUUGAGAAGGUGAAUAUUUUAUAUUUUUUUUAAUAUUAAGGGUGCUACAUAAUUGUGUUUGGUCAUUAUUGGCAUGCCUUUGCUGAAUUGUUCCAUCAUGUAACUUGCUAAAAGUUUACUGUAUUUGUAAAAUCUAGUUUGGUAAUAUUUUUGUGUUGUUACUCUGAAUGACAAUGCAGAGUAUUGUAUCUUUAUGCCCUCUAAGGAUGUUGCUCUGUUAGAUUGCUCUCUAGGCACAUUGCUAAUGGGCCUUUGUGUGACAAUAACCUUUUUUUAAAGUGAUCAUUUUCAGGGCUUUUAUACAUUCCAACUUUAUCCAAAUUUGAUCAUCCUCAAAGAAACUUGAACAUGCUAUAGUUGCCCGUAAGCUAAAAAUAAUUUCACUUUGAGAGCUUCAAAGAAAAAGUUAAUGCAAUUUGGGGAGUCAAAUUGGCUGAGUAAGAGAGAUCAUGUGAACAAAAUAAUGUGAGUGUUUGAGAAGGAAAGAUCUAAUAAAGUUGAAGGCAGAAAUGAUUAAAUGACAAAAUAGUUAGUGGGAAAGGGAUAAGUAGAGAAACAAAAGAAGUGCGUAGGGAAGUUGUAAAUGAAAAGAUUAAGGUCAUUGUCAACUGAAAAAAAUGGUGGUUUUGAUUAUGAUCCAAUAUUGGCAAAAUCAAUGGAAACACGAGAGACUGCAGAUGCUGGAAUCUGGAGCGACAAACAAUCUGCUGGAGGAACUCAGUGGAUCGGGCAGCAUCUGUAGGAGGAAAGAAAUCGUUGAAACCCUGCAUCAGAACUGAGAGCAGAGUGGCUAGAUGGCUGGUAUGGAGGAAAGAAGAGGAGUGGUGAGAAAGGAUUCCAAGGUGAUUGGUGGACUGAGGAAGGGUGUCAGAUGACAGGGAGAUUGCGCCAGGUAGCAGAGGUGAGCAGGAGUGGAGUUGGAAGACAAGUGGCAGGUGAACGACAGAUGGAGGCAGCCAGAGAGAGGAGGAAAAAGGGAAAAAGAUGGAGCAAGGUGGGGGGAGGGGAGUGUGAAGAUAGGGGACAGCUGCUGGAGGGAGACAAGCAGGAACACAAAACACUACCAGUGCUGGAUUUGGAUCACUAAAGGAGGUGAGAAUGGGAACCAUUAGAGGAGAAAGGAGAGGUGAACGACAA